GUUUCAGAAUUCCCCCUUAUCCUAUCUUCUUCUACUCACUCUUGCUUCUUUCUAUCUCUCCCUCUCAGAGUCUCAGACCCAAAACUCAAAUCCACACCACAGCAAUGGCUGCCUCUCUAUCUACACUCACAUUGGGCACCCCAUCUUAUCUCAACACACCCGCGACCUCCUCUUUUCCUCCGCACACCCCCAAACCCAGCCUCCAAUUCCCCUUCAACCCCCAAAACCCUAGCCUAACCCACCGUGCCACGCACCUCCGUCCCCUCGCGGCCGUGGCAGCCCCCGAGAAGAUUGAGAAGCUCGGCGCCGACAUCUCCAGCCUCACCCUGGAGGAGGCUCGCAUCCUCGUCGACUUCCUCCAAGACAAGCUCGGCGUCUCCGCCGCAGCUCUGGCUCCAGCCGCCGCGGUGGCCGCGGCGCCAGGAGCCGCCGAGGGGCCAGCCGUGGUGGAGGAGAAGACGGAGUUCGACGUGGUCAUCGAAGAGGUGCCGAGCAACGCAAGAAUUGCUGUGAUUAAGGCGGUUAGGGCGUUGACGAGCUUGGCGCUGAAGGAGGCCAAGGAGUUGAUUGAGGGCUUGCCUAAGAAAUUCAGAGAAGGGAUUUCCAAGGACGAAGCCGAUGAGGCGAAGAAGCAGCUGGAAGAGGCUGGGGCCAAGGUUGCCAUUGUGUAAUUUGUCUAAUCGGUUUGGGUUUUUUUUCUUCAGUAAAUGAGCUUCUGCUUUUUGUGUACUAUUUGCACUUGUAGGUGUUAGUGAUAUGGGAUUGUUCUCUUUCUUGCUUCUUCUUCAAAGUUCAAUUUCAAUGCAAUUGGAAUUGUAAUUUUAAGGUGAAGAAUUUGAUUAAUAUGCUCUUUUAGUAUGGUUUA